AUGCGUGAGCUCGUGCACGUGCAGGCUGGACAGUGCGGGAAUCAGAUUGGCGCCAAGUUCUGGGAAGUGAUUGCGGACGAGCACGGCAUCGAUCCUACAGGUACCUACCAUGGCGAUUCAGACUUGCAGCUGGAACGGAUCAACGUCUACUUCAACGAGGCCACCGGCGGCCGCUACGUGCCCCGCGCCGUGCUCAUGGACCUCGAGCCUUCGGCGGGAGAACCUGGGACCAUGGACAGCGUCCGCGCCGGGCCCUUUGGUCAGCUCUUCCGGCCUGACAACUUCGUGUUCGGGCAGACUGGCGCUGGAAACAACUGGGCCAAGGGGCAUUACACGGAAGGAGCAGAAUUGAUCGACUCGGUGCUCGACGUGGUGCGCAAGGAGGCCGAGGGCUGCGACUGCCUGCAGGGCUUCCAGCUCUGCCAUUCCCUGGGUGGCGGCACCGGGGCGGGCAUGGGCACCUUGCUGAUCUCCAAGGUCCGCGAGGAGCAGGGAAUCAUGGAGACUUUCUCUGUGAUUCCUUCUCCCAAAGUCUCCGACACCGUGGUGGAGCCCUACAAUGCCGUGCUGAGUUUCCAUCAGCUGGUGGAGAACUCAGAUGAGUCCUUCUUGCUGGACAACGAGGCCUUGUACGACAUCUGCUUCCGCACCUUGAAGCUGACCACGCCCACCUACGGAGACCUCAACCACCUGGUCUCUGCCGCCAUGUCCGGGGUGACUUGCUGCUUGCGCUUCCCAGGACAGCUGAACUGCGACUUGCGCAAGAUCGCGGUGAACCUGGUGCCCUUCCCGCGCUUGCACUUCUUCAUGACCGGCUUCGCGCCCCUGACGUCGCGCGGAUCGCAGCAGUACCGGGCGCUCACAGUGCCAGAGCUGACGCAGCAGAUGUUUGACGCCAAGAACAUGAUGUGCGCAGCAGACCCUCGCCAUGGGCGCUACUUGACCGCCGCAGCCCUCUUCCGCGGCCGAAUGUCAACAAAGGAAGUGGAUGAGCAGAUGCUCAACGUGCAGAACAAGAACUCGUCCUACUUUGUGGAGUGGAUCCCGAACAACAUCAAGGCAUCGGUCUGCGACAUCCCGCCGAAGGGCUUGAAGAUGGCUGUCUCCUUUGCCGGGAAUUCCACCGCCAUCCAGGAGAUGUUCAAGAGGGUUGCGGAGUACUUCACCGCCAUGUUCCGGCGCAAGGCUUUCCUGCACUGGUACACCGGUGAAGGAAUGGACGAGAUGGAGUUCACAGAGGCUGAGUCGAACAUGAGAACGACUUGGUCUCCGAGUACCAGCAGUAUCAGGAUGCCACGGCAGAGGAGGAAGGCGAAUUCGACGAAGAGGAGGGCGAAUACGAUGGCUAGAGUCGCUUUGCGUUUCAGUCACAUAUUUGCUCAGAGGGGCCCGUGA